AUUUAUGGGUUUUUAGCUUAAUAAAUUCAAGUAAUAAAAUCUAAAAUUCACUGUUAGGCUUUUCAGUUCCCUUCUCUGUUUUAGUUUAAGAAAAGACUUUAGGGUUUAUCUCAGUUCUCAGAUGAUGAAGCGGACCAAGCGGUGAGAGGAGAAGUUACAUUUACACGGGUUAAAAUCAGAUUGUAAAGUCUUCACCUUUUUCUUCUUUGAGUUCGAGAUUACGGUACUGACAAGUGAGAGUUUGGGGAAAAACAUAAGCUUUGGGAGUUCUUUGUGCUUGUAAUUACAAAAAUAUGGACAAGAUAAGUCAGUUGUCCGAUGAUUUGCUCAUAAAGAUACUGUCAUUACUCCAAACAAAAGAUGCCGUAGCCAUGAGCAUUUUGUCUAAACGAUGGAAGUCUCUUUGGACAUUGGUGCCAACACUUAUCUUUGGUGAGUACCCGGAGGAUAGGGAAGAUGAAGAUAAGGUUCCAAAGACUAAUGAUGAGAGUCAUUGCAUAAAUAUGUCACAGUUUGUUUAUGGGACUUUGCUAUUGCACAAAGCGCCGGUUCUUGAAUGUUUUCAUCUCAACCGUGCUUCGGGAUGUAGCCCUUCAGAGAUUGAUUUAUGGAUUAGAAUUGCAGUUGAGCGAUUCGUGCGUGAUCUGACUAUAGGUUUUUGUUAUGAAUAUGGGGUUAUAAGGUUGCCGAGUAUGCUAUUUAGUUGUGAAACACUUGUGACUUUGGAACUCAAAAAGGUGAUUUUUUUAGAAGUUCCUUCUCAGAUUAGGUUUCAAUCCCUCAAGACGUUGCGCCUUUUAUUUGUGAAAUAUGUAGAUGAGGAAUCUUUCGUUAGGCUUAUAUCAAAUUCCCCUGUUCUUGAAGAUUUGGUUGUAGAAACUUGUCAUGAUGACAAUGUGGUGACUUUUACUAUUAAUGUGCCAUCCCUUGUGAGUUUCUCCAUUAGGAAUACAUUGCAAGACUUGGAGACUGAGAAUGAUUUGUUUGUGGUACAUUACCAUUGUUUGAAGCAGUUCACCAUUGUGGACUACUUCGGUGAGCUUACCUUGAUAGGUAAUAUGCCCAAACUUGUCGAGGCAAGUCUCUUAUCUGUGUCCUGCCAAGCCAAGUUUAUAAAGUCUUUUACCUGUGUCAAGUGUCUUUCUCUAUGCUUACCUCAAGAGUAUCCCUUUCCCACUGGCACCGUUUUAUCUCAACUUGUGAGUUUGGAGCUAUGUUUAUGUGAAAGUAACUGGACGAAUAUGCUUGUGAGUGUGCUCCAACAUUCCCCUAAACUACAAGUUCUCAAGCUUGCCAUGAACCAUUUGAUGUGUGAGGGUCGUACGGUUUGCUCGAUUCAGCCGAGUAGUGUUCCUGAAUGUUUGUUGUACCAUCUCAAAACCUUUGAGUGGAGGAACUAUGCAGGAACGGAAGAAGAUAAAGAAGUGGCGGUUUAUAUUUUGAAGAACGCGAAGAAACUAGAGACUGCAACUAUAUACCCUGAAACGGAUGAGUUGGUGCACAAACAUAAGAUGUUUGAAGAACUGGAAAUUGCUUCAAGGGGUUCAAGAUUAUGUGAGCUUACAAUGUGGUUAUCUCCUUACCAAAUAUUUAAAAGCUGUUAGAAUGUGGAUUUUUAUCAGAAGCUACUCGAUGAAUAUCUUCUUAUUUUGUUGCUCUGUAUCCUUCUGUCCAAGAAGAAAAAAAGAGAACAACUUUAUCUAUGAUGUACUUCUGUCUUAUUGUGUUUUGUCUUCAAAGGUUCAAACAGAGCAUUGUAUUG